GACCCAGAAUCAGACAAGAAGCAUGAUCCUUUCCAAUCAUCUAUAACUGUUGAGAUGUCCAAAGAUCCUGAAGAAACUACGGAACCAGAACAGAAGGAACCAGAGAGGAAGGAACCAGAACAGAAGGAACCAGAGAGGAAGGAACCAGAGAGGAAGGAACCAGAGAGGGAAGUACCAGAGAGGAAGGAGACACGAACGAAAGAAACGCAAACCAAAAUAGAAGGGAAGGAACCAGAAAAGAAGGAAACGAAAAAGGAGACCAGAAGUACAAAUAGUUUCUGUCCCCCACGAGGAAUAGUAAAUAAAACAAUUACAGAUGUUACACUCAUUGUAUUAUGGACUCUACUCUGGGCCCUUAUAGGUCAAGAAGUUCUCCCUGGUGGAAAUUUGUUUGGACUUGUAGUUAUUUUUUACAGUUCUUUCCUUGGGGGUAAAAUUUUAGAAGUUAUUAGAAUACCUGUAGUGCCUCCCCUCCCACCUCUUCUUGGGAUGUUACUGGCUGGUUUUACCAUCAGGAAUGUUCCGAUUAUUUACGAAUUUGUCCGUAUUCCUACCACAUGGUCUUCAGCUUUAAGAAACACUGCCCUUACUAUUAUCCUAAUACGAGCUGGGCUUGGACUGGACCCAGAGGCUCUGAAGCAUCUGAAGGGAGUUUGUCUGAGGCUGUCGUUUGGUCCCUGCCUCUUUGAGGCCUGUUCAGCUGCUUUUUUCUCCCACUUCAUUAUGAACUUCCCUUGGCAGUGGGGGUUCCUAUUAGGUUUUGUCCUAGGUGCUGUCUCUCCUGCUGUUGUCGUUCCCAACAUGCUAACAUUGCAAGAGAAUGGGUAUGGUGUUGAGAAAGGCAUCCCGACCUUGCUAGUGGCUGCAAGCAGUAUGGACGACAUCGUGGCCAUCACUGGAUUCAACACAUUCCUGAGCAUAGUCUUUUCCUCGGGUAGUAUAAUUAGCAAUGUCCUAUCGUCCUUGCGGGAUGUUCUUAUUGGUGUGCUGGUAGGAAUUGUUAUGGGAGUAUUUGUUCAGUAUUUUCCAAGUGGAGAUCAGGAGAGACUUACACAGAGGCGAGCCUUCCUAGUUCUGAGCAUGUGUAUUUCUGCUGUCUUAGGCUGCCAGCACAUCGGUUUGCACGGGUCUGGAGGGCUGGUCACCCUAGUGCUGUCCUUCAUGGCAGCAAAGCGAUGGGCUGAAGAGAAGGUUGGCAUCCAAAAAAUUGUUGCAAACACAUGGAAUGUUUUUCAGCCACUUCUUUUUGGUCUAGUUGGAACAGAAGUAUCCGUUGAAUCUCUUGAAUCAAAAACUAUUGGCAUGUGCAUUGCUACCUUGGGUUUGGCAGUAUCUGUUCGAAUGUUAGCCACUUUUGUACUGAUGUCUUUUGCUAACUUUCGUUUUAAGGAGAAAGUAUUUAUUGCUUUAUCAUGGAUCCCUAAAGCUACAGUCCAGGCUGUCUUAGGCCCUCUGGCUCUGGAAACAGCCAGGGUCAUGGCGCCCCACUUGGAAAGCUACGCAAAGAACGUGAUGACGGUGGCCUUUCUAGCCAUCCUGAUUACAGCUCCAAACGGAGCCCUCCUCAUUGGCAUACUGGGACCCAAAAUACUUGAACAGAGUGAGGUGAGAGUCCCUUUAAAGGUGGAGCUUUCAAACUUCCACAAUUAAACGUUUGCCAUCACCACCUGCUUCGUCUCAUGAAUUAUAUCACAUGACAAAAAAGAACGUUACAGUACAGAAGCAUAAAGACUGUUCGUGAAAACCAGGAUUCACUAAACACACAAUUUCUCUACAGGACUUUCCUCUGGUUUUUGGUUCAAAGUAAAUUUAAUAAAAAAUAGUCAACUUC